UCCUGUUUUAGUACCGAGAGAGCCACCGUACCGAGACACAUUGGAGCUGGAAUACAGUCACUUAGGACUCGAUUAUGUUUAGAUUUAUGUUUAUUUUAUCAAAGACAAGGUUAUUUAUUUUCCAGCACGAGGUCUACAGUUAUAUUUAUUAAUGAUGUCACGUCAGCGUUUCGUCUUAUUAGGUAGCUAGAUAGCCACAUAUUUAUUAUUGCGCUGCCAACCCUUGUUCCUUUCCUGUGUCAAUGAUUCUCCUACCCUCACUCUUAUGGCGGAGACUAAAAUAAUAUAUCACAUUGACGAGGAGGAGACUCCUUAUCUAGUGAAAUUAUCCGUUUCUCCUGAGAAAGUCACUUUAGCGGAUUUUAAAAAUGUCCUCAACAAUCGUCCGGUCAAUAGCUACAAAUUCUUCUUCAAAUCCAUGGACCAGGAUUUUGGGGUUGUCAAAGAGGAGAUUUCCGAUGACAACGCCAAGUUGCCCUGCUUCAACGGGAGAGUGGUGUCCUGGCUCGUCCUGGCAGAGAGCUCUCACUCUGAUGGGGGGUCCCAGUGUACAGAGAGCCACCCAGAGCUGCCACCCCCCCUGGAGAGGACAGGGGGCAUCGGUGACUCCCGCCCACCCUCCUUCCAUGCCAACGCGGUGAGCAGUCGGGAUGGCCUGGACACAGAGACGGGCACAGAGUCCCCCCUGAGCCACCGUAGGGAGAGAGAGAGAGAACGUGCCCGGAGGAGAGCACGAGAGACUGAAAUCCCUCGAAUCAACGGCCACUCUAAGUCGGAGCGCACAGCAAGGGACUCCGCCAUGGGCUACGACAGUGCCUCAGUAAUGAGCAGUGAGCUAGAGUCCAGUUCCUUCGUCGACAGUGAGGAAGAUGAGGACGCUAGCAGGGGUGCUGCCCUGCGGCUGACCCUGUGCUGCUCUCAACCUGCAGUACUCAGCAGCUCCACAGAGCAGAGCUCGUCCUCUCAGCUGAUGCGCAGACACAAACGCCGCAGACGGAGGCACAAAGUGGCCAAAAUAGACAGGUCUUCGUCUUUCAGCAGCAUCACCGAUUCCACAAUGAGUCUCAACAUCAUCACUGUCACACUCAACAUGGAGAAGUAUAACUUCCUGGGUAUCAGUAUCGUGGGGCAGAGUAACGACCGGGGGGACGGGGGGAUCUACAUCGGCUCCAUCAUGAAGGGAGGAGCUGUGGCUGCAGACGGCAGGAUAGAACCUGGGGACAUGCUCCUACAGGUGAACGAUGUGAACUUUGAGAACAUGAGCAACGAUGACGCUGUGAGGAUCCUGAGAGAGAUUGUCUCCAAAACAGGUCCUAUUAGUCUUACUGUGGCCAAGUGUUGGGACCCGUCUCCGCGAAGCUACUUCACCAUCCCCCGGGGUAAGACACUCACCGAUGUUCCACCAACAACAGCUGAACCAGUGAGGCCCAUCGACCCUGCUGCCUGGAUCUCCCACACAACUGCCCUGACCGGACCCUAUCCACACUACGAAUUUGACGACUUGCCGCUAUCUGCGAGUAAGACGGACAUAUCAACCAUCGUCAAGGUGAUGCAGCUGCCUGACUCUGGUCUGGAGAUCCGGGACAGGAUGUGGUUGAAGAUCACCAUUGGCAACGCUGUCAUCGGUGCUGACGUGGUGGACUGGCUCUACUCCAGGGUGGAGGGCUUCAAGGACAGGAGAGAUGCCAGGAAGUAUGCCAGCAGUCUGCUGAAACAUGGCUACCUGAGACACACCGUCAACAAGAUCACCUUCUCAGAGCAAUGCUACUACACCUUCGGAGACCUCUGCCAAAACAUGGCGUCUCUCAACCUGAAUGAGGGUUCCAGUGGUGGGGGCUCUGAGCAGGACACCCUGGCCCCCCUCCCUCCCCCUGCCACCAACCCGUGGCCCCUGGGGGGUCAGCCAUUCCCCUACCCCCCCUUCCCCUCCGCACCUGCAGGCUUCCCCCCGGGCUACUCAGACCCCUGCCACAGUUUCCACAGUGGGAGUGCUGGCAGCCACAACAGUGAGGGUCGAUCAUGAUUCAACAUGGUUCAUGCAGAGGACAGCUCUUCAGUACUGGGUGUGUACACUAAGUACCGUAUCCGCUUUUGGCUGAUUAUUGCUUGCACGAAAUGAUCAAAUGAGGUCCCACCCUCCCAUCAAUUCUUGAACUAUAUUUUGUUUGAUUUCAACAUGACACUACACAAUACAUUGCUCUGUUGCUGCUGCACGGUUUGUAAUCGUUCCGACAUCGUACUGCACUGAGGGAGAGUGGCAUCAGGGUGGGGUGGUAAUAACUAGCCUGUAUGGAGAUUUUUGGUCUUUUGUUUCACAUUUGUCAUCAUAUUGCUCUUCUGUCUGAUUUCCAGCUUCUGUUCAAAUCACUAUGAAGUCACUCAUCCAGACGUUGUCAUCACAUGGUUUUAGUCAUCUCCCAUUAUUUCAAAAGGAUUCCCAUUGCAUUCAGACGUCAUUGUCCUGGACUGUGCUGAAUGGUAGAGAGGUGUGAUACGGUAAUGAGACAGUUUCUUAGGGCAGAAGAGUGAUGAGGAUGAAUCAUCAGUAGGACAGUUGUAGGACUGAGGGUAUGUUCACAUCUCAACUUUAUAUUUUAUAUAAGUUGUUUUAUUCCGUUUGAUCUUUUGCUGCAUGUCUUGAUUGACAUCUUCAGGUUUUUUUUCAUUUGGCACUUCCAGGUGAGCAUUUGUGGAUGUUCAUCAUGAAAAUGUGAGUGUGCGGGUGUGUGAGAGAGAGAGAGAGAGAGUAACAGGACAUUUGUUGGCGAGUAUCUGAGGACAUUUCAUUGCUCUAACUCAUCAUUCAGUAGGUUUGCUGUAAAGUAAGUUAGGCUGCAGUUGGACCAGAACAGGAUAGGGGAUAGACUAGAAUUAAAUAGAGGGAGCCGCUCUGGGUUAGAUGGGGCUCGGCUUGAUGGGUUUGAAAAGGUUAGGCUGGGUUGGGAGGUGACAGCAGUAGACAGGUUGGUUGGGAGGUGACAGCAGUAGACAGGUUGGGUUAGGAGGUGACAGCAGUAGACAGGUUGGGUUGGGAGGUGACAGCAGUAGACAGGUUGGUUGGGAGGUGACAGCAGUAGACAGGUUGGGUUAGGAGGUGACAGCAGUAGACGGGUUGGGUUAGGAGGUGACAGCAGUAGACAGGUUGGGUUAGGAGGUGACAGCAGUAGACAGGUUGGGUUGGGAGGUGACAGCAGUAGACAGGUUGGGUUAGGAGGUGACAGCAGUAGACAGGUUGGGUUAGGAGGUGACAGCAGUAGACAGGUUGGGUUAGGAGGUGACAGCAGUAGACAGGUUUGGUUGGGAGGUGACAGCAGUAGACAGGUUGGUUAGGAGGUGACAGCAGUAGACAGGUUGGUUAGGAGGUGACAGCAGUAGACAGGUUGGGUUGGGAGGUGACAGCAGUAGACAGGUUGGGUUGGGAGGUGACAGCAGUAGACAGGUUGGGUUAGGAGGUGACAGCAGUAGACAGGUUGGUUAGGAGGUGACAGCAGUAGACAGGUUGGGUUGGGAGGUGACAGCAGUAGACAGCUUGGGUUAGGAGGUGACAGCAGUAGACAGGUUGGGUUGGGAGGUGACAGCAGUAGACAGGUUGGGUUAGGAGGUGACAGCAGUAGACAGGUUUGGUUGGGAGGUGACAGCAGUAGACAGGUUGGGUUGGGAGGUGACAGCAGUAGACAGGUUGGGUUGGGAGGUGACAGCAGUAGACAGGUUGGGUUGGGAGGUGACAGCAGUAGACAGGUUGGGUUGGGAGGUGACAGCAGUAGACAGGUUGUGUUGGGAGGUGACAGCAGUAGACAGGUUGGUUAGGAGGUGACAGCAGUAGACAGGUUGGGUUAGGAGGUGACAGCAGUAGACAGGUUGGGUUAGGAGGUGACAGCAGUAGACAGGUUGGGUUGGGAGGUGACAGCAGUAGACAGGCUGGUUAGGAGGUGACAGCAGUAGACAGGUUGGUUAGGAGGUGACAGCAGUAGACAGGUUGGGUUAGGAGGUGACAGCAGUAGACAGGCUGGGUUGGGAGGUGACAGCAGUAGACAGGUUGGGUUGGGAGGUGACAGCAGUAGACAGGUUGGGUUAGGAGGUGACAGCAGUAGACAGGUUGGUUAGGAGGUGACAGUAGUAGACAGGUUGGUUAGGAGGUGACAGCAGUAGACAGGUUGGUUAGGAGGUGACAGCAGUAGACAGGUUGGUUUAGGAGGUGACAGCAGUAGACAGGUUGGUUAGAAGGUGACAGCAGUAGACAUGUUGGUUUAGGAGGUGACAGCAGUAGACAGGUUGGGUUAGGAGGUGACAGCAGUAGACAGGUUGGUUAGGAGGUGACAGCAGUAGACAGGUUGGGUUAGGAGGUGACAGCAGUAGACAGGUUGGUUAGGAGGUGACAGCAUUAGACAGGUUGGUUAGGAGGUGACAGCAGUAGACAGGUUGGUUAGGAGGUGACAGCAGUAGACAGGUUGGUUAGGAGGUGACAGCAGUAGACAGGUUGGGUUGGGAGGUGACAGCAGUAGACAGGUUGGUUAGGAGGUGACAGCAGUAGACAGGUUGGUUAGGAGGUGACAGCAGUAGACAGGUUGGUUAGGAGGUGACAGCAGUAGACAGGUUGGGUUAGGAGGUGACAGCAGUAGACAGGUUGGUUAGGAGGUGACAGCAGUAGACAGGUUGGUUAGGAGGUGACAGCAGUAGACAGGUUGGGUUAGGAGGUGACAGCAGUAGACAGGUUGGUUAGGAGGUGACAGCAGUAGACAGGUUGGGUUAGGAGGUGACAGCAGUAGACAGGUUGGUUAGGAGGUGACAGCAGUAGACAGGUUGGUUAGGAGGUGACAGCAGUAGACAGGUUGGUUAGGAGGUGACAGCAGUAGACAGGUUGGGUUAGGAGGUGACAGCAGUAGACAGGUUGGGUUAGGAGGUGACAGCAGUAGACAGGUUGGGUUAGGAGGUGACAGCAGUAGACAGGUUGGGUUAGGAGGUGACAGCAGUAGACAGGUUGGGUUAGGAGGUGACAGCAGUAGACAGGUUGGGUUGGGAGGUGACAGCAGUAGACAGGUUGGUUAGGAGGUGACAGCAGUAGACAGGUUGGUUAGGAGGUGACAGCAGUAGACAGGUUGGGUUGGGAGGUGACAGCAGUAGACAGGUUGGGUUGGGAGGUGACAGCAGUAGACAGGUUUGGUUAGGAGGUGACAUCAGUAGACAGGUUGGUUAGGAGGUGACAGCAGUAGACAGGUUGGUUAGGAGGUGACAGCAGUAGACAGGUUGGGUUAGGAGGUGACAGCAGUAGACAGGUUGGUUAGGAGGUGACAGCAGUAGACAGGUUGGUUAGGAGGUGACAGCAGUAGACAGGUUGGUUAGGAGGUGACAGCAGUAGACAGGUUGGGUUAGGAGGUGACAGCAGUAGACAGGUUGGUUAGGAGGUGACAGCAGUAGACAGGUUGGGUUAGGAGGUGACAGCAGUAGACAGGUUGGGUUAGGAGGUGACAGCAGUAGACAGGUUGGGUUAGGAGGUGACAGCAGUAGACAGGUUGGGUUAGGAGGUGACAGCAGUAGACAGGUUGGGUUAGGAGGUGACAGCAGUAGACAGGUUGGGUUGGGAGGUGACAGCAGUAGACAGGUUGGUUAGGAGGUGACAGCAGUAGACAGGUUGGUUAGGAGGUGACAGCAGUAGACAGGUUGGGUUGGGAGGUGACAGCAGUAGACAGGUUGGGUUGGGAGGUGACAGCAGUAGACAGGUUGGGUUGGGAGGUGACAGCAGUAGACAGGUUUGGUUAGGAGGUGACAGCAGUAGACAGGUUGGUUAGGAGGUGACAGCAGUAGACAGGUUGGGUUAGGAGGUGACAGCAGUAGACAGGUUGGGUUAGGAGGUGACAGCAGUAGACAGGUUGGGUUGGGAGGUGACAGCAGUAGACAGGUUGGUUAGGAGGUGACAGCAGUAGACAG